AUGUCUGCAGAGUCCUUAGCAGAUAUAAUAAAGGAGCAAAAUCGAGAGUUAAGAGGUACACAGCGGGCUAUAACCAGAGAUAGAGCAGCACUUGAAAAACAGGAAAAACAACUGGAACUGGAAAUAAAGAAAAUGGCUAAGACUGGUAACAAAGAAGCCUGUAAAGUGCUUGCAAAACAACUUGUUCAGCUGCGAAAGCAGAAGAAUCGAACGUAUGCUGUUAGCUCUAAGGUCACUUCUAUGUCAACUCAAACAAAGGUCAUGAACUCUCAGAUGAAGAUGGCAGGAGCCAUGUCAACUACAGCAAAAACAAUGCAAGCAGUUAAUAAGAAAAUGGAUCCUCAAAAGACACUACAAACUAUGCAGAAUUUCCAGAAGGAGAACAUGAAGAUGGAAAUGACUGAAGAAAUGAUCAACGAUACUCUGGAUGAUAUUUUUGAUGCUUCUGAUGAAGAAGAAGAAAGCCAAGAUAUUGUUAACCAAGUGCUUGAUGAGAUAGGGAUUGAAAUCUCAGGAAAGAUGGCCAAAGCUCCAUCAGCUGCCAGAGGCUUACCAUCUGCAUCAACAUCAAAAGCUGCUACCAUAUCAGAUGAAGAAAUUGAACGACAGCUCAAAGCUUUGGGAGUUGAUUAGCCUGAUGGCAAUAUACCAUCUGCCUUCUAAUUAUUCAUCUGUAGACAGAUGUAAAAAGUGCAAAUAUUCUUCCAAUGCAACUGAUGUCUAGGAAAACUCUGAAGCUUCAGAAAUGACAACUUUACGUUGGUACUGGGAGAAGAAAGGGACAGUAUUUUGAAUUAACUUACAGAGAGUAGUACAC